CUCGCCCCCACCGCGCACGCCAAAACCAACCGGCCGCCGCCGCCGCCGUAGCAUCAGCAGUAGCCGGAGGGAGAUGUCGUUCCGGGCGAAGGAGAUCUACAAUAAGGUGGUGCGCCGCGUGGGCGAGGAGGUGAAGCUUCCGGCGGAGGCGAUGGAGUCGGUGAAGAACAUGCUGCCGAAUAGCAAGGUCAUCAUGGGCCGGGCAAAACGCGGCAUCUUCGCCGGCCGUCACAUCCGGUUCGGCAACAAGGUCUCCGAGGAUGGCGGCAACAAGUCAAGGAGAUUCUGGAAGCCAAAUGUUCAGGAGAAGCGUCUUUUCAGCUAUAUUCAUGAACGUCACAUUAGACUCAAAGUAACCACUCAUGCACUCCGGUGCAUUGACAAAGCUGGUGGCAUUGAUGAAUACCUCCUGAAGACACCUUACAACAAAAUGGAUACUGAGAUGUGUAUUGCCUGGAAGGCAAAGAUUGAGAAGAUGUAUUCAGAGCUCCCUCCUGAGGAAGAGGCUAAGAUAGAACAAGGUUCUGAGGAGGUUCUGUCGGCCAAGAGAGAGUUCCGUAGGGAAUCGAGAAGGGCCAUUGCUUUUCAAAACAGAGUCAGCUAGAAGCAACCACAGCUGAUGAUGACGAAACAACUGAAGUCGUGGAUACAAAUAAAGAGGUGUCUGAUGUCGCAGAGAAGUCUUAGCCUGGACCCGUGUGCCCGGUAUGUGCUGUCAAUGUGAUUCUGUAGCAUCCUUUUCAGGAAUAAGCAUCAUCGAGUUUGUUGAAAUUUAGUUUAUCGGUUAAAUAUGUUAACUGUUAAAUCUUGAAGAUUCAAUUGGAAUAUCGAUGAUAAUUGGCUUGUAUUGCCCCACUUUGGUAUCCCAGAAAAUUUUAAAUGUAUCUUUAUUACUAGAGAAAGGUUGCAUAGUUGUUUUUAUGUAAUUUAUGUUC